AAGCGCUGCUGAUGUUCGACGUCGCAACGUUCUGGUUGUGCGAGUUAAUUUCGCAUUCUUCGCUCACUCGCUCGGCAACGCUGCUGCUGGCUGCUCCUCGUGUGCUCCCUCUCGGUCCGUUCCGAUUUUCCGCCGCUUUUCCGCCAUACGGAUUUUCCGCGAUCUCGCCUCGCGGAUAAGAAGCCGGCGGACGACCGAAUCACAAGCGUGAAUAUUAUCACCAAAUACAAAGUGCAAAUGGCGAGGUCUAAAAAAAGCAAAUAAAAAAGAAAAAUAACAAAGAUCGUUAAGCAAGUGUUCUGUAUUUGUGAGAGUGUGCCAGUGAAUUAUUCCCCCUAAAAAAAACAAAUAGAAAAUUAAAGUUAUAAUACUCAUCAAACAAAAAAAUAAAUAGUGUAAACAAAAACAAGUAUCUUUGGCCUUUAGCAGCUAACAACACCACAAAAAUCCAGUCAGAAAGGAAAUGUAGACCGGGCAGGCUGAACUCGGAACGUAUCCUGCAACCGCGAAUGUCACUCCUAGGGAAGCCGCUGAACUAUAAUCGCGGCACCCGCCGCGAUGUUCGCUACCGGCGCCUCCAGAGUCGCCUCUACAACUUCCUGGAGAGGCCACGCGGCCUGCAUGCCAUUUUCUACCAUGUGAUGGUAUUCCUGAUGGUGUUUACAUGCCUGGCCCUAAGCGUGUUUUCCACCAUCAAGGAGUACGAGGACGACGCUGUAUAUAUCCUGUUCCGCAUGGAGAUUCUGGUGGUCAUCUGGUUCACCAUGGAGUUCGGAGCUCGUUUGUGGUCGUCGGGCUGCCGUUCGCGUUACCAAGGCUGCCUGGGGCGGCUGAAGUUCGUGAAGCGACCAUUCUGUAUUAUAGAUAUUAUCACCAUUUUAGCCUCAAUUGUAGUAUUAGGCAUGGGCACCUCCGGCCAGGUGUUCGCCACGAGUGCCCUGCGUGGCCUCCGGUUCUUUCAGAUCCUUCGGAUGGUGCGCAUGGAUCGACGGGGCGGCACCUGGAAGCUGCUCGGCUCGGUUGUAUACGCACACAGACAGGAGCUGAUCACAACCAUGUAUAUAGGAUUCUUAGGUCUAAUCUUUGCAUCAUUCCUAGUCUACAUGUGGGAGAAGGACGUCAAUGAUAAGUUUAGCAAUUUCGCCCAGGCCCUCUGGUGGGGUGUGAUUACCCUGUGCACCGUUGGGUAUGGAGACAUGGUGCCCAUUACCUGGCAGGGCAAGCUAAUUGCCUCCUGUUGUGCUCUUUUGGGAAUCUCCUUCUUUGCACUGCCAGCGGGCAUCCUGGGCAGUGGCUUUGCCCUGAAGGUCCAACAGCAGCAGCGCCAGAAGCACAUGAUCCGGCGUCGGCAGCCGGCAGCCACUCUCAUCCAGGCCGUGUGGCGAUGCUAUGCGGCCGACGAGCAUUCCGUGUCGGUGGCCACAUGGAAGAUCCACCAGGUGGCACUGCCCAGUCCGCCGGCUUCACGGGCGUCGUCCAGCUUCAAGCACAACACAUCCUUCGUGGCCCGGCUGCCCACCAUCCGGCGGCACAAGAGCCAGACGAUCCAGACUCCGGGCGGCGGAGAUGGCAGCGGUAUAUCCAAGCCGCCGGGCUCCUCGCGGGCCUCCACGAGAUACACCCGCACCAUACGGGACAUCAAUGCGUCCGUGGAGAAUCUGGCCAGCCAGCAGCAGCCGUCAACACUGGCCAAUAUUAGCAGCCAGCUCAGCGCCAGUGCCGGCUCCUUGGCCCAGUUUCCAGACGAUCAGCCCUCGAAGGACUGUGUCAUAGAGGUGGAGGAACCGGCUGGAUCCGGGGAUCAAGGAGCCGAGGAGCAGGCCAAGCCUAGCAACCGGCACCUGACCAUACCGGUGGUGCUCUACGGUUUCCUUGCCGGCAAUUUCUUGGGCUCUACGUUUUCGCUGCGUUCGCCAAGAGUGGCCCCGGCCAACGAUCAGGACUUGGAGGAUGCAGCCCAAGGUCAGCAGGAUACGUGCCAGCGAAGCAACACCCUGCCGCUGCCCGUCACCAAGGCGAGUCCGGGCAGCAGUCCGGGCCACGCGCGAAACCGCUUCUUUGCGGCGGCAACGCACUUCCUGGAAACUGGAUUCUCGCAGCCCACCGAAGCGGCAAAUGAGGAUGAGGAGCCGCGCUGCACGCAGCUAACCAAUCGGCACAAGACGGCCAUUAGAUUUAUACGUAAGCUCAAGUACUUUGUGGCGCGAAGGAAAUUCAAGGAGGCCUUGAAGCCCUACGACGUCAAGGAUGUCAUGGAGCAAUAUGCGGCCGGACACGUUGACUUGUUAGGUCGCGUUAAAAUGCUACAUUUGCGCCUGGAUCAAAUCCUAGGCAAACAAGGGUCCAAGGCUAAGGAUGUGUAUGCAUCUAAAAUAAGCUUAGCCUCCCGCGUGGUUAAAGUCGAGCGGCAGGUCGCUGAUAUCGAAGAGAAACUGGACGUGCUAAUCAAGGCGUACAUGGAGGAUCGUGAUAGAUUCCUGGCUCUUCCGCUGCCAGCCAAGCCCAAAAUACAUUCCAUUAGUCCUAACCACAAGCCCCUGCAUCAUGCCCACAACCUGGCCAUGAUCGAUGUGUGGAAACGCACUGCGGCCCUUAGUGUGCAUCCGGAGCAGGUGACCACAGCAGCCAUUAGCACUCCGCUGCUGAAUCCCACCUCGGUGACCGAUGGCACCGAGCUGCGAUCCUUGACAGCCACACAAACGGCCACAACGACAACCGAUGCGAUUGCCACACAAACCCCAAUGCCGCCGCACAUGCAGCAUACAGCGACCAAUACAAAGUCUUCCGUGCUUAACUCAUAUCAGCUGGGGUCUGACAAGCAGCAGCACAAUGAUGUUUUUAUGACUGAAUUAGAGAAUAGAACCAAAAAACGUGUUACGUUAAGCCUACAAAGAUCCACAUCGGAGCCGUAUAGCAAGCAGGAGCAACGCAUCAACAUACCCGAUGAGGGAGCCGAGUCCCUAGACAGCAGUGCAAAGCCUACGCCGCCAGAUAGUUCAAUUAUACUAAUCGAUGAGUACGAGGACUUCGAGGAGGAGGAUCUGAACUGUGAAGGCGAAAUGGAACAUUUCCCCUCCUGGGAGAUCGACAGUGAUAUUGGUGUGGAUGUGGACGUGGAUGCGGAUGCCGAUGGUGACUGUGAUGAGUCCACUGAGGACACAGCCCUGCUGCAGUGUGCCACGCGCACAGCCAUUGUUAUAACACCAAUUAGCCCAGUAAGUCCAAGCUUAUAUUAUAUUUUAAUUAUAAAUCUAAUCAUUUCAUUUACAGGUAAGCUCCGCACACAAUCUUCAGCAGUUAAAUGACCAAACCACAACGCUUAAUAAAUCAAAUUUGCUUCCGCCAGACUCUGGCUAGUUAAUUGCAAUUGAAGUUUAGCCUAAAACGUAGCUAUUAUUAUUAUCAUUAGAAUAUAGUAUUAUAUGUACUAUGGAAUGCAUAUUAAUGUCAUUUUCGGACAUCAUUUGUGUUCAAAUUAUGGAGUAGCAAAAAAAAACAAAACACAAAAAUGGAAAUUCAAAUCAAAUAAAUCUGCUUUAGCAAAGAAA